CACUAGUUUUACUCAGUGUACUCAGUACUGUUAUUUGUUUCCGUCCUUACGGAACGAAAAGCGACCAACGUCUCGCCCUCACCUAGCGCCGGAAAUACAAAAUCCUUUCCUUCUUUAUAAACACAUCAACCAAAGUAACAACCUAAUGCGGCCAAGAAGCCUCAGCAGCGCUGCCAAUGCAACACUGAAGGGCAGGAAAUGGGAUGCGCUGAUAAUCGGCGGCGGCCACAACGGCCUCACAGCAGCCGCCUACCUUGCUCGUGGCGGUCUCUCCGUGGCAGUCUUAGAGCGCCGCCACGUGAUCGGAGGCGCCGCUGUGACGGAGGAGCUGGUCCCAGGGUUCAAGUUCUCCCGGUGCAGUUACCUGCAGAGCCUCUUGCGUCCCUCAGUCAUCAAAGAACUUGAACUUCCGAAACACGGCUUGAAGCUUCUGAAGAGGAAUCCGUCCUCUUUUACGCCUUGCCUCGACGGACGGUACCUACUCUUGGGCCCCGAUAAAGGUCUCAAUCAUUCUGAGAUUUCCAAGUUCUCGCUUAAAGAUGCAGAUGCUUAUCCAAGAUAUGAGAAUCAGCUUGAGAAUUUCUGUAAAUUCAUGGAUCUGGUGCUGGAUUCGUCUCCUCCUGAAUCCUUGCAGCAUAAAUCAUCACUUAAUGAACAACUGAAGAAUAAAUUACAGAAUUCAGUAUUUUGGGCAAGUUGUCUACGACAAGCAUCCUCCUUGGGGCAAAAGGAGAUGGUGGAAUUCAUGGACCUUUUAUUAGCUCCGGCUUCCAAAGUUUUGAACAACUGGUUUGAGACAGAUGUUCUGAAGGCUACCCUUGCAACAGAUGCUGUGAUUGGAAGCACAGCCAGUGUCCAUACCCCAGGAAGUGGUUAUGUUCUACUACAUCAUGUUAUGGGAGAAACUGGUGGGGAUCGUGGAGUCUGGUCAUAUGUUGAAGGUGGAAUGGGCUCAAUAUCGAAGGCUAUUUGUAAUGCUGCUAUGGAAGCUGGAGCACAUAUUGUAACCAAUUCUGAGGUAUCUCAGUUGUUGAUUGAAGACUCUAGCACUGUCUGUGGGGUGAUUUUGGCUGAUGGUACCAAAGUGCAUUCUUCAAUUGUUCUUUCUAAUGCAACUCCAUAUAGAACUUUCAUGGAAUUAGUACCUAAUGAUGCCCUUCCGGAUGAUUUUGUUCGUGCGAUUAAGCAUUCUGACUAUAGUUCUGCUACUACAAAAAUAAAUGUAGCAGUUGACAAGUUGCCUCAAUUUGAGUGUUGCAAGUUAAAUCAUCCUCAUGCUGGCCCACAGCAUGUUGGCACAAUUCAUAUUGGUUCAGAGAGCAUGGAAGAGAUUCACUCUGCAUCUCAAGAUGCUGUAAAUGGAGUGCCAUCACGAAGACCAGUUAUUGAAAUGACAAUUCCCUCCACGCUGGACAAAACCAUAUCUCCACCUGGUAUGCAUGUGAUCAACCUAUUUGUGCAGUAUACUCCCUACAAACCACUGGAUGGUGACUGGCAAGAUCAUGAAUAUAGAGAAUCAUUUGCGCAAAAAUGCUUCAAAUUGAUUGAUGAAUAUGCCCCCGGGUUUAGUACAUCUGUCAUUGGUUAUGACAUGUUGACUCCACCAGACCUUGAAAGGGAAAUUGGUUUGACAGGAGGGAACAUAUUUCAUGGUGCCAUGGGAUUGGAUUCUCUUUUCCUCAUGCGACCUGUUAAAGGAUGGUCGAAUUAUAAGACUCCGCUUCAGGGGUUAUACUUAUGUGGAAGCGGGGCACAUCCUGGCGGUGGCGUAAUGGGGGCACCAGGACGUAACGCCGCUCGAUUAGUACUUCAAGAUCUUAAGAAAACUACGUAAGGUUGAGGUGGUAGUGAUUACAUGGCAGCGAUGAGGUUCAUUUGUCUUAAUUGGUGCCUUUGAGCUGGUAUGUAUGUUUUUGAUAGAAGAAACUUCAAAUAAAUGAAGCAGCUUCCACCAAGUAUUCUUCCAAUGUGUUGGAUAGAAUCAUAUUUGUUAACCUUUGCGUUAACUCAUAAAUCUAUGAGCUUAUUAUUGAGAAAUGUUUGCAUCCUUUUACAUCGUA